GUUGCUUUACAAAGUGCACAGCUGCUUUUUGGCCCACCCCGUAUAUCGAUCUGUAGAUUUUUUUUAGUCAGGCGCCGCUUGGGACAUCUCUUCUCUCUGAUUGGUGCAUUUGCGGGAGGCAAACAGACACCCUGGUUUCUGAUUGGUUAUUCGUGUCGUCAAUCACUCAUGCUGGCGUGUCCCCUGCUCUGACUGGUGUAAAUGAAAACAGGCCGUCUCGCGACGACGUGAGACGAUGCCAAACAGUUCGCGCGGGUUAACGCUAGCUAUCGCGUCUCGUCGAGGUACGUUUGACACGCACAUGCACUCCAAACCCGCGUUAUACAAUGUUUGUUCUCACAGGACUUCGCGGAGGAGUCGAGUUAGCACUGUGUUAGCCACUUCCUCCAAACUGCUAAUGAGAAGCUAACUGUCCGCUGGUCUUGGUCCGCGAUUGGCGCACAUAGCUUCCGGUGGGUGGGGGUAAAAAAAAGGGCACUUCACUUUUCUAUUUUUGCCCGUCACACACUUGGAGUGAUCGCGAGGGUCUUUGGGAAACAACACGCUGGAGAAGAAAAAUCUUUUGACCAACAAGGAGCUAACGCAGCAAGAAGAUGAUGUCACUAGACAAGUCCGAAAAGAUCUCCGUUGGCCGUCAGCCCCGACCCUCAACAAACGGCAGUGGUCAGAGCACUGUGACGGCAUCUGCUCAGCACAUCCCAAGGAAGCGUUACUCCGUAGGUCUCGCUUUCAAGGGGCCGGCCAAGCGACGUCGUCGUGUCCGUAGUGAAAGUCAAGUGGAAUCCCUGCUGCCCACUCACUUCCUGUUGGGCGGAAACAUCUUCGACCCUCUCAACCUGAAUUCGUUGUUGGACGAAGACAUCAACAGGGCAACCAAUGAGACGACUCCAAAGUGUUCACCCCUGCCAUCCCGCAGCAGGGACCCUGUAGACAUCCUGGUUCCCCGAGAUAUCACAGACCCUUUGAACCUGAAGGAAGAGGGAAGACCGGGCGGCGGGGCUCAAGGCGUCCUGCUGUCCCCCCUCAAAUCCAGAAGGAGACACAGGAACCAUCAUGGCGGCGACAAGGAGGCAGUGAACCGUCCCAUCUUCCCCUCCACAGAUGGACUGACAGUUCCAGUAUUGUCCAGAGAUGGCAGUGUGGCAGUGUCACCUCUGCCUUGCGAACUCAACACGGCUAUCACCUGUCGAGAGGACAUCGCCCCGCCCCCGAUCCUUCCAAGGAGGCACUCACACCCUCCUCCAGGCACUGCACGGAAAUCUGGUGACCGGCGCCAGAGGGGUCGACGGCGCACUACUUCGGCGAGGUCAACGCGUGCCGUCGUGGACAGGAUGGAGGCCACCCAGUUCCACACGCCGCUGGCCGGAGGGCGAGGGCCCGACAAGUGCACACGCAAGCCUCCGGAAAAGGACAAACGUCGCUACCAGUACGGGAACUGUUGCCGCUUCUAUGGCUACCACGGGUUCUACGGCAACGGGUGGGAAGGGCGCGUGGGGCCGGCGGAGGACCCGCGGCUGCGCUUGCUGCAAGCCAAUUGGUUCCAAGACAAGAAGGUGCUGGAUGUGGGCUGUGGCGCCGGUCACCUGACUCUCACCGUGGCGCGCGCCUUCAACCCCACACACAUCCUCGGGGUGGAACUGGAUGGCCGACUGGUGCGCGCUGCCAGGCAGAACAUCAGGCACUUCCUGUCACAUGACCUCGUGGAGGAGGAGAGGAAGAGGAGGUGCUCCCUUAUGUCCCGCUCCUCCCCAAGUAGAGAAGGCGUUGAUAAGGAGGAGCAAAAGCAAGAAGAGCCGAAGGAGGACGAAGCUGUGCGUCUCAUGGCCUUCCCCCUCUCACUGAGGGUGAGUCGCGGUCCUCUGGCCGCGCCCCCUCUCCUCCUGGCCGCUCCCCCGCCCUCGCGCAGGUUUCCCAACAACAUCUCCUUCAUUCAGGGGGACUACGUGUCAGAGCAGGAGGCGUGGCCCGGGAGGGGUCAGUAUGAUGUCAUCAUGUGUCUCUGCAUGACGAAGUGGGUGCAGCUGCAAGCCGGUGAUGAGGGCGUGGCCAGACUUUUCCGACGAGCCUAUCAGAGCCUGUCCCCGGGCGGAUUGUUCAUCCUGGAACCGCACCCGUGGCGACGCUACGGCCGCAGCAAAAAAGUCUCGGCAACUACAUCCUAUCACUACAGGAAUUUACAAGUGAGACCAGAGAACUUCACUUCCUAUUUGAUGGACACUGUCGGCUUCUGCUCCUACAGACUCCUCACACACACUGGUGAGAAACAGCCUAUCUACCUGUUCCACAAGAAGUGAGCCCCCAAACGGUGACGUGAGCUCGUGAUUGGAUGACGCACCACAGACAGGAAGUGAUGCUCAUUUGUUUGUAUUGUUCUAAAACUGGACGUGUCCCCAUCAUGCAUUUGGAGGGGAUUUGGGAUCGAUACGCCGAAGUCCGUGUGGCGGUGUUCUCACUCGCAUGUCAUGAGUCCGCUUUUGGAUUUUGAAAGUCGCGUGACCAUCCGUCCGUUUUGUACAACGCUUGCCUUCUUUGUGGUCGCGGGUGAGUUGGAGCCCCGGCCCCGGCUGACUUUGGGUUCGAGAGGGCAGAAAUGCGAUCAGAGCUCACCUACGGCGUUCUCUUUGGAGUAAUACAGCUGAACUUGAGGUGACAGGACUUUUGUGUUUUCAAGGUCGAAUUGUAAAUGUACGUCAUCGGCAUUUUACUCGUAGGUUUUACACAGUGGGUUUAUAACAACAGCAUUUUUUAAUCCUUAAAAAGUGUGAGGGGAAAACCAUCGUUUAGAUUGGGCCCUGGCCAAUAUCUUUUUCUUUUUUUUUUUUGUCUGAACACUU